UUCGAAGCUUUAAUUAUAAAACGACCGUUAUAAAGAAUUAAAGUGUGUAAGAAAAUAUAAAAUUAAAUAUAAAACGGAAGAACAGAUAAACAAUGAACAAUAUAAGAGCAAUUAUAAUUCUAUUGAUAAUCGGUAUAUGCCAUUUGAGUUCAACAGCUAAGGCAUCUGUAAAAUCUGAUUUUGUUACAAGUAAUAAAAAUUUUGCAUUGGAUUUUUUUCAAUAUUUAAGAAAUAAUCCAAAUAAUAAAGAUAAAAAUUUAAUAUUUUCACCAAUUUCAAUACAAAUUGCCGGUGGAUUAUUGUAUGCUGGAGCUGAAGGUAAAACAGCUAAUGAAAUAUUAAAAGGUUUCAGUUUACCUGGAAACGAUAAAGAAUCUGUGAAUAAUGUAUUCUCAACAUUCUUUAAUAAUAAUAAAAAUCUAUUAAGUUCAGGAAAUUUUUAUUUAGCUAAUAAAAUUUAUGUUAUGAAUGGUUUUAGUUUAAAACCAAAUUAUAAUGAAAUCGCUACUAAAUAUUAUCAUUCAGAUAUUGAAAAUAUUAAUUUUGUUGAUUCAAUAAAUUCAGCUAAAUCUAUUAAUGAUUGGGUUAUAGAACAUACUGAUGGUAAAAUAAAAGAUCUUGUUGAAUCCGAUUCAUUUGAUCUUUUAACACGUAUGUAUAUAGUAAAUGCAGUACAAUUUAAAGGUGAAUGGGAAAAUAAAUUUGAUUCAAGUAAUACAGGAAUUGACGAUUUUUAUGUAACACCAUCAAUAAAAAUUCCAUUAGAAAUGAUGCAAAAAACGGGACAAAUUGAAGCAAAAAAUUUUUAUGAUAUAUCAGCUACCGGAGUAAAUUUAAAAUAUAAAGAUUCUGAUUUAUCAUUUUAUAUAUUAACAACACAAAAUUAUGAUCAGCCAUUAAGUGAUUUAGAAAAUAAAUUGGAUGCAACAUUUUUAUCAGAUUUAUUUGAACAAACUAAAGAUCCGAUAUCAGUUCAAUUAAAAUUACCAAAAUUCGAAUUCGAAUUAACAACAGAUUUAAAAGCAGCUCUCAAAGAGCUUAACGUCAAUACUAUGUUUACCAGUGAUGCCGAUUUUACUAGUAUAUUAGAUACUACUGAGCAAUUAAUGGUUUCGGACGGUGUUCAUAAAGCUUAUAUCAAAAUUGAUGAAGAAGGUACAGAAGCUAGUGCGGCUUCAGGUAUCAGCAUAUCAUCACGUAUGGGUCCUAUGACAAUCAACAUAAAUCAUCCAUUCUUGUAUUUUAUUAAAACAUCUGAUGGUAAAAUAUUAUUCAUGGGAAGAUUUACAGGACAAUAAAAAUUUAACUUUGAAAACUUUGUAAAAAAGCGAGUAAAGACUGCAUUUAAUUUUUAACCGAAGCUUUACCAAAAAAUUAAACUUUUUUUUCACAAUAGAAUUAAGUGUAUAUUUUUAAAUUAUAUUUUUAAAAAAUAUUAUUAAAACAAAAUGUAUUAUAUAUGCUUUUA